AAUAGCCGCGGUGGAUAAGCGGCGUGCGCCGCACGGGUCCCGGGACCAGCAGCGCCGCGAAGGGAUCGCGCACGUAUCCGUGUGCGGCAAGCGAUCGUUUGCUGAGGGAGCUGCUGUCGUUGGUGCUCUGUACCGUUCCCGCCCGGCGCUGGCGGCUUCGCGGGCCCAUGACCAGAAGGUGCUCGGCAAUACUGCACACAGAACACUUACCGAGCUCCCGCUCAUCCGCUUCUGGGUGAACGGGAUCCCAGAGCCACACAUAGUGCAAGUCUUGUUAAAAAUGGCAAUCUAAAGGAAGUCCAGCACCUCAGAAAUUCCCACUUUGAUAAGUUUAUCAUCCAAGCCGAGAAUAAGAGCAAAGAGAAACUUUUCCUUCUACUGAAGUGAUGGAGGCCGGACAGCAGUGGCCUGGGAAGACAGACUUUUACCUGCAAUUACCAAAAGUGGAGCUCCAUGCCCACUUGAACGGCUCCAUUAGUUCCAGUACCAUGAAGAAACUGAUAGCCAAGAAGCCACAUCUUAACGUUCAUGGUCACAUGACCAUGAUUGACAAGGGAAAGAAACGGACUUUACAAGAAUGUUUCCAGAUGUUCCAAGUUAUACAUCAGCUUACUACUAGUGCUGAGGACAUCCUGAUGGUCACAAAAGACGUCAUUAAGGAAUUUGCAGAUGAUGGUGUCAAGUACCUGGAGCUGAGGAGCACUCCCAGAGAAGAAAAUGCUACUGGAAUGACCAGGAAGACUUACGUGGAAUCCGUCCUUGAAGGCAUAAAACAAUGCAAACAGGAAAACUUAGAUAUUGAUGUUAGGUAUUUGAUGGCAAUUGACAGAAGAGGUGGCCCGACAAUAGCCAGGGAGACUGUCGAACUUGCUAAAGAGUUCUUCCUCUCUACUGAGAAUACAGUUCUUGGCCUUGACCUCAGUGGAGAUCCAACUAUAGGACAAGCUAAAGACUUCUUGGAGCCUCUUUUAGAAGCUAAAAAAGCAGGUCUGAAGUUGGCAUUGCAUCUUGCAGAGAUUCCGAAUAGGGAAAAAGAAACAGAGCUGCUGCUGGGUCUGCUUCCUGACAGAAUUGGGCAUGGGACGUUCCUCAGCGCCUCCGAGGCAGGGGCCCCGGAUCAAGUGGACUUCGUGAGGCAACACCAGAUACCCCUCGUGUUGGAAGCAAAUGCAGAGCUCUGCGUGUGCAGGGCAGGCCCUCUUCUGCUGAGGCACAUCCCCACUCAGAACAAGUCCACAUCACAAGUAAUGAACAUUUUGUGGGAACUCUGUUUGACCUCAAACAUCAAAAGCCAGACAGUUCCUUCUUAUGACCAGCAUCACUUUGGAUUUUGGUACAGCAUUGCUCAUCCUUCUGUGAUCUGUACCGAUGAUAAAGGUGUUUUUGCGACGUACCUUUCUCAAGAAUAUCAACUGGCAGCAGAAACAUUUAAUUUGACCCCAUCUCAGGUGUGGGAUCUGUCCUAUGAAUCCAUCAACCACAUCUUUGCUUCUGACAACACCAGAUCUGAACUGAGAAAAAGGUGGACUCACUUGAAGCAGAAAGUGUUAAACUGUAAUGAGGUGAACUACUUUUGAUUAUACAUUGUAACCAAUAUCUUCCUGCCCCUGUGUAUCCCACUCAGUUACUGCCCACUCGAAAUGACUUCCCUUGAAUUUGGGUAGCCAAGUACAUAUGGGGUCUAACUCCAGCCCCUUCAACUGGUAAGUGCUCAGUAACUCUCAGACAGAACCUUGAGGUCUUGCAUAGCUGCACUUCCAUGCUGCUCUUGCUGGAGGGUUGUUCAGCCCUCAUUCCCUAGUGACUCUUGUUUUGCACUUAGUGCUCUUUGGACAUUUGUGACCGUAACCCUUCUGAGAAACAUUUGUGACCGUAAACCUUCUGAGAAGUUGAAACUCUUUGUCUUCAGGGAAAUCUCCGUUUUGUUAGGUUUAAUCAGACUCCUUCCACUUCCUUUUACCCUUUCAAGUAUUAUUUUUUUUUGACUGUUGAUGUUAGGCCACAGUGCACACCUGAACUGUUUGUGUGGGUGCCUACUUGUCAGGCGACUGUAGUAACAAAGCUAGAAUCUGGCUUUGCCCUUCUUCUAAUAUCUUUAGAAAUAUAUAAAGGGGGUUGGAGUAAUCCCUUCAGUUUCAGAAAAGAAAAGAACGACUGGCUUGAAGUAAGAAAGACACAUAGCUGGAGCUUCUGGUUUAAAAUCAGGUUCUAUUUGGCUUCCUUGUGGAAGCUACCAGGACCUCUACAGUGCUAGGACUCUCUUAAAAGAUCUUUGUAGUAAUGGUAGCAUUGUGGCUUCUAGGGUUCUUAGAUCACCAAUAAUCCCAUGCCCACAUGAUAGCCUACAGGUAUAGACUUACAUAAACACACAUAUACCAUGGCCACAUUAGCAGAUAACAAAUGUCUUGGUUGUUUUUUUUUCACAAGCUAGAGUCAUUUGGGAAGAGGGACCCUCAACUGAGAAAAUAUUCCCACAAGAUUGGCCUAAUCAGUGCUUGAUCAGUUAGUGGGCCCAUGCCACAGAGGGUGAUACCACCCUUAGGGACAUGGUUCUGGAUGGAAAGCAAAGGAAAUGGAACAAGGCACGAGGAGCAAGCCAUAGGCAACACUCCUCCAUGGCUUCAGCUUUAGUUCCUGCCUCAACUUCCCAGGAUGACAGACUACAAAUUAUAAGAGGAAAUAACCCUUUCUUCCUUACAUUACAUUUGGUUAUGGUGUUUUAUCACAGCA